CUAGAUUAUAUAGCACUCAUUCCAAAACGGUUCUCUUUCUCUCAUCCAAAAUUCAACAACGAAUUUAGUCCAGAGGUACCGGACUGUCUAAAGUCAUAGUGGGUAGUGGCUCUCCAGUUCUUCAGGACGAAAACAAAUUUUGGGUUUUCCAAGUCUCAAGUCAUAGGAUAAAUGGCCUCCGGACCUUUCAAUGUGAAUGAGUUCCAAGAAUUGGCUAGGCAAGCCCUUCCAAAAAUGUACUAUGAUUUCUAUACUGGGGGAGCUGAGGACCAGCACACGCUAAAAGAGAAUGUUGCAGCAUUUCGCCGAAUCAUGUUGCGGCCUAGAGUUCUUGUAGAUGUUAGUAGAAUUGAUAUGUCAACUACUAUAUUGGGUUACAAAAUCUCAACGCCUAUAAUGAUUGCUCCCACAGCUAUGCAUCAGUUAGCACACCCUGAAGGAGAGGUUGCCACUGCUAGAGCAGCAGCUGCGUGCAACACCAUAAUGAUUUUGUCGAACAUGUCUACCUGCACCAUGGAGGAGGUUGCUUCCAGCUGCAAUGCAGUUCGGUUCUUUCAAUUAUAUGUUCUCAAGAGACGAGAUAUAUCAGCUCAGAUAGUUCACAGAGUUGAAAAAAAUGGUUACAAGGCUAUUGUCUUAACUGUUGAUACUCCCAGACUUGGUCGAAGAGAGGCAGACAUAAAGAAUAGAAUGGUUGCACCUCAGUUGAGGAAUUUUGAAGGCCUUUUAUCAACUGAAGUGCACACUGAUAAAGGAUCAAACUUGGAAGCUUUGGUCAAAGGAAUCUAUGAUACUUCUUUGAGCUGGGAGGACAUAGGAUGGUUGAAAUCUAUUACAAACUUGCCAAUUCUAAUCAAGGGGGUACUCACUCAUGAGAAUGCAAGAAAGGCUGUGGAAGUAGGUGUUGCUGGGAUUGUCGUCUCUAAUCAUGGAGCCCGUCAAUUGGAUUAUACACCUGCCACUAUUUCUGUCCUGGAAGAGGUGGUUCAUGCUGUUGGAGGAAGAGUUCCCGUUCUUUUUGACGGAGGAGUACGGCGCGGAACAGAUGUCUUCAAGGCAUUAGCUCUUGGUGCACAAGCUGUCCUUGUUGGAAGGCCUGUUGUCUAUGGCCUUGCAGCAAACGGAGAACGUGGAGUGAGACGAGUCAUUGAAAUGCUGAAGGAUGAGUUUGAGCUCACUAUGGCCCUUUCUGGCUGCCCCAGUGUUAAGGAUAUUACCAGGAGCCAUGUGACCACAGAAUUUGAUAAGCCACGUUCGAUGCUAUAAUUUUCUUUUAGAAGUGUCAAAACAAUAUUCUGCAGAGAGAUGAAUGAGAACGACUGCACAUUGUUAUUCUUGUCUCUCAUAUUGUAAUUCAACUUUAUUAAACUGUGAUCACAAUGUUAAUGUAUGUGAUAGUGUGAGUGAUAGCACUUUCAUGCUGAAAUUAAAUAGUCAUUGAGAAAUUAAAUAAAAUGAAGAACAAUAAAUUCUAUAUAUACAAUCCAAUCCAACUAGACAUUGUUCCUAAGCACAUUGAAAUGAUGCAAUUGGCCCCCGUUUUCCUGUUUCUCAGCCUCUUUUUCCCCCCAAUAGCACAGUAAAAUGUUGAAACUGCCAUCCACUAAAACUUUUCUUCCUUUCCCUUUUUGCCACUCCCCCGUCGGAUGUUUACGAGCGCCACUGGUUGGUUCAUAGAGACGCGUCGUUGAGUUCGAACCAGCCUGGUUGAGCUGGUUAUAGCGAUGGGAUAAGCUGCUUGGAUGUUUGGGAUUCGUUUGGGGCCGUCGAUUCCCGUUCGAGGGGGCGCACUGCGAACCUCACCCUUCUUUUGGUCUUCAUCUCAUCAAUUUGUUUGUUGGUUCAGAGAUUUUUCAUCAUUUUGUAGAGUAUUGGUCUAAAAGAUCUUCCAUCUUUUUUGGCUGCAAGUUCUUGCAUCAUUUGUCUUCAAGUUUGCAUUCCAUCAACUUUUUAACAAAUUAAUGAUUAGCUGAUGGGUUGCUGAGCAAACUAUUGAAUCCUUUAAUUCCUUGCUCAAAUUGGUUCCUAGAACGAGUCAGUGAUAGGUUUAGAAGAUAAGCCUUUAAGAACAAUGGUUGUUGGCAUAUGAGAGUUUAUUUUCUCCUACUGAGCAAAUUGUUUUAUUAUCUGUUUUAGAAACACUUGCUUUUGUCCCCCAACAAAAGCAAUCAAUUCAUCAAUUGUUGUUGGGGUUACUAUAACUUGUGUAAUGAUCUAUUGUUGUUAAUAUUUUUUUUUUUUCUUUUUUGUUUUUAUGCUCAUAUGUUUUUGUACUAACUUUGUGUAAUAUAUAUUCAUUUGGUGAUUUCAUGUUAGAGAUGUUAAAAACUGUGUUAAUAGCUAUUUGAUGUAGUCUGCUGCCAAUAUAUGAACAUGAAUGAACAUGUGGAGAUAGAGAGAAAGAGAGACCAACCUAAUGACGUUGAUGACUGCUGGAGAGAGAAAAAAACAAAG